AUGUCCCGAGAGAUCGCGGAACAAGUCCACGAAAUAUUUUAUCGGAGUCCAGAACUCCCAAAAAGGCCCCGGAACAGCACGGUGUCCACACCGGCCACGGCGGCGCCCGCGCCGCGGGUCAUGGCUCGCCUGCCCGCGCCACGGCGGAGCCGGCCGCCGGGAACGGCGGCUAGCAAGCCGCCCAAGCCUUGUGGCGGGCACCUGCCGCCCCACUGCCUAGCCGGCCACCCUCGCCGUCGCCCCCCGGCAUCCUUCGAUUUUGGCUGCCUAGGCGGAGGCUGCCGCCCAGCGCGUCGCGGGGCCCUUGUGCCCCGCGCGGGCGGGGCCUUGCCGCAACACGCGCCACGCACGGCCCGACAGGGCCUGCCGCCCAGCGCGCAGGCCAGGCGCGGCCUGUCGCCCCCGCGCGGCGAAGCCUGCCAGCUCGCGCGAGGGCCGAAGGGGCCUGUCGGCCCCGCGCGGGCGCGAGCCGCCGGCCCAGCGAAGCCCAACGCGCCCCGUCGCGCCGGCCUCCAACCAUCGCGUGGCAUGUCGCCCCGCGCAGGGCGAGGCGUGCCCCGCCCAGGAGCCCGCGGGGCUGUCGCCACCGCGCAGGCGGGGCCUGGCCCUCCCACCCCCCCUGGGCUGGCACCUGCCGCCCAGACCGAGCACACACAGGCUCGACAAAUCCCAUCGAAAGCUGGGCCGCCGCGCCCCACCGAACUGGGCGCGCAGCUGCCGCGCUCCCAGGCAGCACCCCCCGCCCACGCUGGCGGGCCUGCCGGCCCCACGAGUAGGGCGGCACCCCCCGCCCUCUCGCGGCCACCUGCCGCCGGGACCCGAAAAUGGCCUAUAAAUAGGCCAUUUUCAGCCUAA